AUGUCGGACGAAACCCGUGAUGCGCCUUCUGCUCCUAGAGCUGCAACGGAGAGGGAGUUUCUUGAUUUGACAACAACCCCGUGCGGGGUUUGUGGCCCGUCAACGCGUGACGAGCAAAUGAUUAGUUGUGACGGUUGUGCGGAAUGGUUCCAUUCCCGUUGUGUUGGAGUCGCGGAAGAUUCGGUUCCGGAAAAGUGGUACUGCCAAAAUAGAGCUUGCCAGCAGGAGUACCAGAAGCAGCAAAAGGACGCCAAAAGGCAGGCUCGCGGUAAAAAGGCCGCCGAUGAGUCUGACAAACCCAGUGACACUUUACGCGAGGGCACCUCCGCCACCGAACAGAGAAUGAAGGAGCUGGAGGAGCAGCGAAAGCGACAGGAAGAAGAGUUGGAGGCGGAAAUGCAGCUGAAGAAGAUGGAAAGAAGAAUGCAACGCGACAUUGAGAGAAAAAGGUUGGAGAUGGAGAUCAGACUGCGGGAAGAAGAAGAAGAAGAAAAGAGAGCUCUGCGUGAAGAGAUACUACAGAAGAAGAAGUUACAGAUCGAGCGAAUGAAAGCCAGUCAGCGAUCGUUCGAGCAGCAAGUGGCCGAUCUCGAUAGAGAAUUGGAAGACCUUUCUGUAAUCAAAAACCCGAAGGCGGCCGCGAAACAGCCACAAAGGGUCGUUUCGAUCGGAAGCAAAAACGAAGCGCUGAAGCAGGAUCAGGCGAACGCCAACAAGUUGGCUAGCGAAAGAGACGCAGAAGAGGAGCUCGAUCACGAUGAGUUCGAUGAGGAUUCGAAGUGCACCCAGCACACCAAUCCGUUUAGUGGCGGCGAUUCGCCGCAAAAUUGUACGAAAGUAGGUGAUGUCAGCCAAAAUAGGCUGAGUCAAGAACAAGUUGGCCCUACACGAACACAGCUAGUGGCGAGAAAAGGUUUACCGACCAAGCUUCCGAAGUUUUCGGGCCAACCUAGGCAGUGGCCAUUGUUUUAUGCAACUUACAAAGCAUCGAACGAUGCCUGUGGCUACAUGAACCACGAAAAUUUGGUUAGGCUGCAGGAGUGUUUGGAAGGUAGAGCAUUGGAACUGGUGGCUGGUCAGCUGCUUCUCCCCGAGUCAGUUCCAAGAGUUAUCGAAAAGCUACGGCGGCAUUAUGGGCGUCCGGAGCAACUGCUUCAAGAGUUCUUGGACCAAGUCAAUGAGCUAGAACCACCAAAACCAGACAACUUAAAAAGUUUUAUACCGUUUGGGAACAUGGUGGAGCAGCUCUGUGAGCAUUUGGAAGCUGCAGGGCUUCGGCAACACCUUGUAAAUCCGUUGCUUAUUAAGAGUCUUGUCACAAAAAUACCGGACCGCGAAAAGCGAGAGUGGGUACACUACCAAAGAAGAAAUGCUGGUGGAGAACCUACACUACGAACUCUAACCGAUUUUCUAAUGGAGAUAGUCGACGAUGCCUGCGAUGCGGAUGUCGACGUGCAGGAUAUGCGGAGUUACCAAUGCAAAGGUGCUCCACAGUCCAGAAUGAAGAAAUCGAAAGGUAAAGGUGUGCUGCUCAGCCACAGUGAAGCCAGCAGUUCGGGUGCUAUUCCGACGGCACAAAGGGAGUUGAAGCCUUGCAAAGUAUGCCAGAGUACAGGACACCGCCUGCGACACUGCGAUCGCUUUGGGAGAAUGCCGUAUAGUGAACGAUUGAGGAUAGUUACCCGCGAGAAACUUUGCAAUGUGUGCCUGAACGAGCAUGGCGGUCAGUGUAAAUUCCGAAUACGCUGCAACAUUGGCGAUUGUAGAGCGCGUCACAAUCCGCUAAUGCACCCCGUUGGAAGCGCGGUAGGGAUGAGCGCGCAUAUUCGCAGUGAUUCGACCGUAAUAUUCCGGAUAGUUCCUGUAAAGCUGUACUGUGGCGAAAAGACGGUAACGGUGCUUGCCUUCCUGGAUGAAGGUGCCUCGGUCACGCUGGUAGAGAAGAAGCUAGCGGAUCGGUUAGGUGUGGUUGGCGUCCAAGAGAGACUGACGAUAAAGUGGACAGCCGAUGUCAAACGCGAGGAAAAGGAUUCGCGGCGGAUGAAUUUGUGGGCAUCAGGUGUCGGUGAGAGCGCAAACAAGCUGCUGUUACAUGGUGUCCGGACUGUUAGUAAGCUCGUGCUGCCUCGUCAGAAGUUGAACUCUAAGGAACUUGCCGCACAAUAUGACCAUAUGCGAGGAUUGCCGAUCGAGUCUUAUGAUGGUCAACCAGAACUACUCAUCGGGUUAAACAAUAUUCACUCCUUCGCGCCGUUGGAAGCAAAGGCAGGCACACCCGUGGAACCGAUCGCUGUUCGAUGCAAACUCGGGUGGACGGUGUAUGGGUCUAGACAUUCUGCAACUGGUGCAGCUGGUGGUUAUCUCGGCUUCCACCAAGGAAUUUCCAACGAAGACUUACACGAAUUGCUCAAAAGUCACUACGCACUGGAAGAGUCGGUGAUAGUAGUCCCCCAAGAAACAGCUGAGGAGAGACGAGCACGAGAAAUACUCGAGCAAACUACAAAACGGGUUGGCGACCGUUUUGAAACUGGAUUGCUAUGGAAGACAGAUGAUCAUUGGUUCCCUGACAGUUUUCCCAUGGCCCAGCGAAGGAUGAAGCAACUGGAGAAGCGAUUGGAAAAAAAUCCCGAGCUGCAUGAAAACGUGUGCAGGCAAAUCGACGAGUACCAGUUGAAAGGCUACGCGCAUGUUGCUACUGCGGAGGAGUUGAACGGAACAGAAGCAGGAAAGUCCUGGUACCUUCCACUUAACGUCGUGCAGAACCCGAAAAAGCCCGGGAAAGUGCGCCUUGUGUGGGAUGCGGCAGCUACUGUGCAGGGAGUGUCUUUAAAUUCACAGCUGUUAAAAGGUCCGGAUAUGCUGGUUCCUUUAGUGAAGGUUAUGGUCGGAUUUCGCGAACGACGGAUCGCUUUCGGUGGUGACCUGAAAGAAAUGUUUCACCAGCUUAAAAUACGUACAGAAGAUAGGCAAGCACAGCGGUUUGUGUUCAGGAAGCACGCGAACAUGAAACCAAGCGUUUACGUCAUGGACGUAGCGACAUUUGGGUCGACAAGCUCCCCUUGUUCGGCCCAAUUCGUGAAAAACAAGAACGCGGAAGAUUUCGCCGCUCAGUAUCCAAGAGCAGCUACGGCGAUUAUAAACCGCCAUUAUGUCGACGAUUAUUUCGACAGUGUCGAUCAUGCAGCUGAAGCAGUGCAGUUGGCCAAGGAGGUGCGCUUCGUUCAUUCGAAGGCGGGUUUCGAAAUCCGCAACUGGGUAUCGAAUUCGUUGGACGUAUUGAAGGGUGUGGGCGAAGAGAAACCGUUGUCGCCGGUACAUUUUAACCAAGAUAAACACACUUCCGAGGAGCGCGUCUUAGGAGUGAUUUGGGAUCCGAUGUUGGACGAAUUUGCUUUCUCGACGAAGCACCGUGUGGAAGUUUUACCGUACCUGUUUGAAGAGAAAAGACCAACAAAAAGACUCGUCGCUAGCUGUGUGAUGGGAUUUUUUGACCCACUCGGGCUGCUCUCCCCGUUCACAAUCCAUGGAAAGAUAAUCAUCCAGCAUUUAUGGCGCUCUAAAUGUGACUGGGAUCAAGAAAUCGAUGUCAGGUGCUGGAAUUUGUGGAAACGUUGGACUGGUUUGUUACCGGCAGUCGAGGCUAUUCGGAUUCCACGUUGCUAUCUCGGCAAAGCAUUGACCGCUGAAGUGGAUUCAUUGGAAGUCCACAUAUUCACUGAUGCAAGCGAGCACGUUUACGGCUGCGUGGCAUACUUGCGCGCCGUCGUCAAGGGAACAGUGCAAUGCAGCUUGAUAAUGUCCAGGGUAAAAGUUGCACCGUUGAAACGCCAGUCAAUUCCUCGCCUGGAGCUGAUGGCCGCGUUAUUGGGGGCCCGCAUGUGCCAAAACGUUUUAAGUCUGCACUCUUACAAGAUCCUGCGCACCGUGUUUUGGACUGAUUCUCGCACCGUAUGCAGUUGGCUACACUCUGACCAACACAAAUUUAAGCAAUUUGUUGCUUUUCGAGUCGGAGAAAUAUGGGAGUUAACGCAAACGAAGGACUGGCGUUGGAUACCGACAAAACUCAACAUAGCAGAUGUGCUGACAAAAUGGGGUGAUGGUCCGCCGUUGCAAAGUGACGGAGAAUGGUUCAAAGGCCCAGAGUUUUUGUACCGACCACAAAGCGAGUGGCCGACAGAUGAAAUUGUAUUCGACGAAACGGACGAAGAAGCUAGAGGUGUGGUGCUCUUCCACGAAGUGAUAGACGCUACGGUUAUAUCCCGAUGGACAAAAUUGCUUCGGGUGAAGGCAUAUGUAGUGCGGUUUGUUGCCAAUUGUCGACGAAAAGUGAAGGGUGAACCGAUGGUGACCACGCCGGCUACAGUUAAACAGAAGAGGUUAACCAAUCGAAUGAUAAACUAUGUCACGGUUCAAGUUCCUCUUACAAAGGAAGAACUCCAGCAGGCAGAAACGAUUAUGUGGCGACAGGUGCAGUGGGACAGCUUUCCUGAUGAAAUGAGUGCCCUCACUAAAAACUUGAACCGCCAAACGGGCGAGCCUUUGGAGCUGAUCAAAAAGUUCAGUCCGAUAUACAAGAGCUCGCCAGUGCUUGACGAUGAGGGCGUGCUGCGAAUGGAAGGAAGACUAGCAGAAGCAGUUCCGGAAUCCUUUGACAGGAAAUAUCCCAUUAUUCUGUCACGUACACACGGGAUUACGAAGAAGCUCAUUCAGCAUUACCACGAAGAAUUCGGGCACGGAAAUUCAGAGACCGUGUUUAAUGAAAUGCGACAGCGGUUCCAUAUUCCGAAACUACAUUCAGCAGUACAACAAGUGGUACGAAAUUGCGUUUGGUGUAAGGUGAAUAAGUGUUCUCCAAGUUUUCCUAGAAUGGCUCCGUUGCCAGUUGAACGUGUAACCGCUCAUAAAAGGCCCUUUGAUUCUGUGGGUAUUGACUAUCUUGGUCCACUGGAGAUAACGAUUGGUCGGCGAAGAGAGAAACGUUGGGUGGCGGUAUUUACUUGCCUGACAAUUCGGGCGGUGCACCUGGAGGUUGUGCAUAGCCUCAGCACUGUAUCGUGUCGGAUGGCAAUUAGUCGUUUCCAGAGUAAAUUUGGCAAGCCAACGCACAUUUUCUCGGACAACGCUACGUGCUUUAGGGGAGCAAAUAACGAAAUAGUGAAGAUGAAGAGGAUCAAUCAAGAGUGCGCAGAAGAACUCACCAGUCCUGUUACCGCCUGGCACUUCAAUCCUCCCGGUACGCCGCACAUGGGCGGGAUCUGGGAAAGGAUGGUGCGUUCUGUGAAGGAAGCAAUGCGUGCGUUGAUGGAUGGUCGGAAAUUGACGGAGGAGGUACUAGUAACAGUACUAGCAAAAGCAGCGGAUAUGAUCAACAGACGUCCGUUGACAUACUUACCGCAAACUGCAGAGGAAACAGCGGCACUGACACCGAACCAUUUCUUACGGGGGACGGUGACCAGCGCUGACGUCGAAGAGGAUAGCCAAGUUACGAGCUCAGGAGAUGCACUCCGGAACGGGUACCAGCGCUCGCAGUAUCUCGCCGACAAGAUGUGGGAGAGAUGGAGCAGGGAAUACCUACCUACGAUCAACCAGCGUACGAAGUGGUUCGACGAGCAAAAACCGCUAGAGAAGGGCGAUUUGGUGUUUGUUAUCGACGGUAAGAACCGGAAGUGUUGGAAAAGGGGUAUCAUCGAAGCAACAGUAAAAGGUGCCGAUGGACGUGUUAGACAGGCGGACGUGAGGACCUCUGAUGGCAGCGUACAGAGACGUGGUGCGGUGAAUUUAGCGAUACUAGAGAUUCAGUAA